AUGAUGAUGAUGAUGAUGAUGAUGAUGAUGAUGAUGAUGAUGAUGAUGAUGAUGAUGAUGAUGAUGAUGAUGAUGAUGAUGAUGAUGAUGAUGAUGAUGAUGAUGAUGAUGAUGAUGAUGAUGAUGAUGAUGAUGAUGAUGAUGAUGAUGAUGAUGAUGAUGAUGAUGAUGAUGAUGAUGAUGAUGAUGAUGAUGAUGAUGAUGAUGAUGAUGAUGAUGAUGAUGAUGAUGAUGAUGAUGAUGAUGAUGAUGAUGAUGAUGAUGAUGAUGAUGAUGAUGAUGAUGAUGAUGAUGAUGAUGAUGAUGAUGAUGAUGAUGAUGAUGAUGAUGAUGAUGAUGAUGAUGAUGAUGAUGAUGAUGAUGAUGAUGAUGAUGAUGAUGAUGAUGAUGAUGAUGAUGAUGAUGAUGAUGAUGAUGAUGAUGAUGAUGAUGAUGAUGAUGAUGAUGAUGAUGAUGAUGAUGAUGAUGAUGAUGAUGAUGAUGAUGAUGAUGAUGAUGAUGAUGAUGAUGAUGAUGAUGAUGAUGAUGAUGAUGAUGAUGAUGAUGAUGAUGAUGAUGAUGAUGAUGAUGAUGAUGAUGAUGAUGAUGAUGAUGAUGAUGAUGAUGAUGAUGAUGAUGAUGAUGAUGAUGAUGAUGAUGAUGAUGAUGAUGAUGAUGAUGAUGAUGAUGAUGAUGAUGAUGAUGAUGAUGAAUGCGUCGGCUGUGGCCGUCACCAGUCACUGGAUAAAUGCGAUGAGGAUGAGGAUGAGGAUGAGGAUGAGGAUGAGGAUGAGGAUGAGGAUGAGGAUGAGGAUGAGGAUGAGGAUGAGGAUGAGGAUGAGGAUGAGGAUGAGGAUGAGGAUGAGGAUGAGGAUGAGGAUGAGGAUGAUGAUGAUGAUGAUGAUGAUGAUGAUGAUGAUGAUGAUGAUGAUGAUGAUGAUGAUGAUGAUGAUGAUGAUGAUGAUGAUGAUGAUGAUGAUGAUGAUGAUGAUGAUGAUGAUGAUGAUGAUGAUGAUGAUGAUGAUGAUGAUGAUGAUGAUGAUGAUGAUGAUGAUGAUGAUGAUGAUGAUGAUGAUGAUGAUGAUGAUGAUGAUGAUGAUGAUGAUGAUGAUGAUGAUGAUGAUGAUGAUGAUGAUGAUGAUGAUGAUGAUGAUGAUGAUGAUGAUGAUGAUGAUGAUGAUGAUGAUGAUGAUGAUGAUGAUGAUGAUGAUGAUGAUGAUGAUGAUGAUGAUGAUGAUGAUGAUGAUGAUGAUGAUGAUGAUGAUGAUGAUGAUGAUGAUGAUGAUGAUGAUGAUGAUGAUGAUGAUGAUGAUGAUGAUGAUGAUGAUGAUGAUGAUGAUGAUGAUGAUGAUGAUGAUGAUGAUGAUGAUGAUGAUGAUGAUGAUGAUGAUGAUGAUGAUGAUGAUGAUGAUGAUGAUGAUGAUGAUGAUGAUGAUGAUGAUGAUGAUGAUGAUGAUGAUGAUGAUGAUGAUGAUGAUGAUGAUGAUGAUGAUGAUGAUGAUGAUGAUGAUGAUGAUGAUGAUGAUGAUGAUGAUGAUGAUGAUGAUGAUGAUGAUGAUGAUGAUGAUGAUGAUGAUGAUGAUGAUGAUGAUGAUGAUGAUGAUGAUGAUGAUGAUGAUGAUGAUGAUGAUGAUGAUGAUGAUGAUGAUGAUGAUGAUGAUGAUGAUGAUGAUGAUGAUGAUGAUGAUGAUGAUGAUGAUGAUGAUGAUGAUGAUGAUGAUGAUGAUGAUGAUGAUGAUGAUGAUGAUGAUGAUGAUGAUGAUGAUGAUGAUGAUGAUGAUGAUGAUGAUGAUGAUGAUGAUGAUGAUGAUGAUGAUGAUGAUGAUGAUGAUGAUGAUGAUGAUGAUGAUGAUGAUGAUGAUGAUGAUGAUGAUGAUGAUGAUGAUGAUGAUGAUGAUGAUGAUGAUGAUGAUGAUGAUGAUGAUGAUGAUGAUGAUGAUGAUGAUGAUGAUGAUGAUGAUGAUGAUGAUGAUGAUGAUGAUGAUGAUGAUGAUGAUGAUGAUGAUGAUGAUGAUGAUGAUGAUGAUGAUGAUGAUGAUGAUGAUGAUGAUGAUGAUGAUGAUGAUGAUGAUGAUGAUGAUGAUGAUGAUGAUGAUGAUGAUGAUGAUGAUGAUGAUGAUGAUGAUGAUGAUGAUGAUGAUGAUGAUGAUGAUGAUGAUGAUGAUGAUGAUGAUGAUGAUGAUGAUGAUGAUGAUGAUGAUGAUGAUGAUGAUGAUGAUGAUGAUGAUGAUGAUGAUGAUGAUGAUGAUGAUGAUGAUGAUGAUGAUGAUGAUGAUGAUGAUGAUGAUGAUGAUGAUGAUGAUGAUGAUGAUGAUGAUGAUGAUGAUGAUGAUGAUGAUGAUGAUGAUGAUGAUGAUGAUGAUGAUGAUGAUGAUGAUGAUGAUGAUGAUGAUGAUGAUGAUGAUGAUGAUGAUGAUGAUGAUGAUGAUGAUGAUGAAUGCGUCGACUCAUAG